AUGAGGGUCAAGAUGUAUAUACUCCGGAAUGGUUUGAAAUUUCACUGCCGUCGAUAGCAUAGCCGUCGUUAUCAUACACAACUUCCUCACGAACAUAACUCUCCACCGGCGCUGGCGCCAGCACCACGCGCGAUGGGACCGUCACGGCGUUUUUUACGUAGUAAACCCGUUGUGAAUUGGCUGCACUCUAGUUCCACCAACUAUAGGCGUAGGGCCACGUGCAGUUACUCGAUGUACGGAUGAGUUUUGAACGUACCUGAAGUCUGGGCUGAUGCAACCUGUCAGGAGUUUGGAAUCCAACUCGUACUCCUUGAUCGCUGUAUACCACCUGCUCAUCUCCUUUUGCAACUUGCUCAGAAUACAUUUCGCCGCGCAACUCUACCUGCCUCGGAAUAUGGGAAACCAUUCCUUGCGAGGUCGUCGUUGAACCCGAUACAGUUUUCUCGACUGCCAUUCUCUUCAUGAAGGGGUCUUUCGAUUGAUCGUAACUAGUCCUCACCAUAGAUGGCUCACUUGCCACGACCAACCGCGGAUGUCCAGGCUGCUCUUGUUCUCUGCCCUAAAGCAUGGUAACUGUUCGAUGCCACAUGAAGAAGAUACAGAUGAAACCUACCGAAAUUUGCACUACUCUUGAACCUGGUGCAACACGGAUAUUUUGCGGAAGUCUACUCAUUGAAGGUGUCGGAGUUGAUACUGCUUCAUCCAAGGGUUGAGGUAUUUGCCGUAAGAACUGCGUUGUGCCGUCCGAACGGCGAACCAUUAACAAUUUCCCUGCACCAGACGGAACAACUAACGGUGACCGAGAAGCUGUAGAUGCAGGCUGAACUACUCGUGUACCCGUUAGAGGAGACAAUACACGAGAAGAUGUUACGCGUCCGCUAUACGAUCCACCAGUAUUAUCAAAUCUUGGGAUAA